AUCACUUUUCAUCGAUUGGAGAAGGAUGAUGAUGUUGUACGGGUGGAGAAAGUUGCAAAAGAUUCCUCAGCUUACUCGCAUACUUUUACUCAUAUUUUUAUUGGGUUCCAUUGGUGUUUGGUGGUUCUCUUUGGAAGCCUAUUUUUUACUCGUUCCUGGACUGACUAUUUCAAAUGGAUAUGCUUGGAAUGUUUUUAGUUUUUCUCUUGUGGAUGUUCCUCUUAUGGAGAUGGGACUGUUGCUUAUUCCUUUAGGUAUUGUUUAUUCUAUGUUUGAGAAUUCUUGGGGUGUGAUUCCUUUCGUAUUAUUUUGGAUAUUUGUGUCUGUUACUAGUGCCUUUGCUACUAUCGUUUUACUGUUUGUGCUUUAUACUUUCUUGAGAGAUGAAACGUUACUCUAUGUACCUUUAUCCGGUUCUAUGGCUAUUUUAGGAGGCUUUUUAGUGGCCGUCAAGCAGUUGAUACCUGAUCAUGAGAUUUAUAUAUUACCUCGCCGUUUUCGAUUUCGUUUGAUAGCCAACGAUAUGCCUUUUUGGUUUUUAUUGUGUUUUAGUUUGGGUUGGCUCAGUGGCUUUCGUUGGAUUGGACAGUGGUUCUUAUCCUGUUUGGGUGUUAUCAACAGUUGGAUAUAUUUGCGAUAUUUACAGAAAAGAGAAUAUGGACGAGGUGAUACUAGUGAUUCUUUUCGACUGUUCACUUUACUGCCUAUAAGAAUUCGAGAAUGGAUAUUAGCAUUGUUUCCUAGUUCUUCAAACAAUAAGGAACAUGAUACAGCCAGCUAUAGUAGAAACCUAAUCAAACAAGAUAAUGACAUAUUGCCAGUAACUACAACAGACCCAACAGAAGCUGAACGUCGAAGGCAACGAGCAUUGAGAGCAUUGGAUGAGAGACUUGGCAGCUUAAAGUCUCAUUCUAAAGCAACAACAUCGGAGGAAGGAGAAUUGGUUUGAGUUGUUUUAGGAUAAAGAUUCCAUAAAUAGACACGUCCGUUCAGAGUACCGCAAGCCAAAAGGGAGUCUUGAGGUGCAUAUUGAAUACGCUGAACACUUUCUUUUG